GCCGUUAGAAUUGGGGUGGGUGAGUCUAAUCGGAAGCUCCGAAAAGCGGAAAAACGCAAGCCCGAUUCCCGUGUCCAGUAUAAAAGCCCCUCAAAAUCCCCUCGAAACGACAAACGUUACGCCCACGGUUGAUUCAAAACGACUGCCCUUCUCAUCUCUCAUCUUAUAGGUCUCUUCCUUUCUCUCGCCGCUUCAAAUGCGUCCCUUCAGGUACCUUGCCGGCGUCAACUCCUCCGCCAUCUCCGACACGCCCGAGCCCGAGAGGUAUGACUCUGACUUCGUCAUAAUCCUCGCUGCCCUCCUCUGCGCCUUGAUUUGCGUUCUCGGUCUUGUUGCUGUUGCUCGCUGCGCCUGGCUACGCCACCUCGCCGGCGAUGGUGGCGGCGCUGCUUCCACUCGUUCUCCUCCGCCUCCUGCCUCCAACAAAGGUCUCAAAAAGAAGAUCCUGAGGUCUCUUCCGAAGUACACCUUCACCGCUGAGUUUUCUGCUCAGUUCUCAGAUUGCGCGAUCUGCCUCGCGGAGUUCGUUGUCGGUGAUGAAAUUCGGGUGUUGCCGCAGUGUGGCCAUGGAUUUCACAUGUCCUGCAUCGAUAUGUGGUUCCGAUCUCACUCUUCCUGUCCUUCCUGCCGUCAGAUUCUGGUGGUAAGUCAGUGCCAGAAGUGCGGCGGUUUUCCGGCGAGCUCAAGUUCGAACGGUGGGACGGAAUCCAGAGUAAAAGAGGAAGGAGAUGAUAAGACGAAUAGCGGAGAUGGCAUAACUUCACAGUACAGACGAUGAAUUCAAAAAGGGGAACAGUAUGAGUAUCAUGUGGAUGGUGGACACUGCAACAGCCAAUGUGAUUUGUUUAAUUCCAUUUUGGAUCGCAUUUUUCAGCAGCAAAUGGCUUCCCUCUCUGCAUCUCUCUUCAACAAAUGCCAAUUUCUCUCUUUCCUCCCCACUGAAGAUUUUAAGAGGUCAGAUCCAUAAAGUUUUCAAAAUGGAAUAAUUCUGCAACUGCUCCAUUUGCUAUUUAAAAAUUACCAAAUCCCCAAUCCAUUUUUUUUACCUUCCAUAGCCAUGGCUGCUCUCUGUCCUUUUCACUUUCACUUAUAUGAUAAUCACUAUCAAAUUUUUUAGGUUUUAAA